AUGGAUUUUGGAGGCCCGAUGUACGAUAAGGCGUCUCGGAACUGGCCGACUACAUAUUUGGUUUCCAACGAUGGAUCGGUCGAUGAAGCCAUCCACCCAGCCACAUUCCAUACACCUGGAGAUCGCGAUAGUGAAGCGUCGCGCAAGGCUUUCAGUGCAAUUCAGGCCGUCACCCUAGCAGCUGGCAAGAUCCAUGUCACCAUCUGUCGUUGCCAACACCCAGGUCGCAACCCUCCUCCUUCCUCUCUCAACGGGAUUCUGCUCUCUCACGACAGUGUUUACCACCAAAUUGUGGAAGUUUCGGGCUUCUGGCUGGAAGGUUUCAAAUUCGUGACAGCAGCACACUUCCUCUCGUGCAAUCAUCCGUUGAGUGCGGAAGAGAAAAAAGAUACGGUGGACUUUCUCAAGUACCUUUCGCCGCUAUCAUCGACACCGUCCACCAGUGCCAUGAGAGCUCGUGUUUCGUGUGAACUUAGCUCUCGCUACCACGGCCACUAUGAGCAAGGGGCGAACCAGCUCCGUGUUCCACAAAUCUUUGAUGUUCAGCUAACAGCCCUUAACGAGGCUGCCGACGUGGCUAUCUUCAAACUAGCGGCGCAUGAAACAAGACGACCCCAGACAUGGAUCAAGAACAGCCAGCUCAGCUCAGCAGGCGCCAAUUUCCCAAACACGGUCGCUAGCAAGAUCUUCUCUACGUACUACCCAGGCGCUGACAAUCUGUUGUCUACUGAUACGAAAGCUAAGGAACAUUGCAGCACUCAGUUCGAGCUGUUGGUCAAGUCACGGCUGCAGCUGGGCUUGCUGAUUGGUGAUGCCUCCGACAAAGUUUCACCACCACGAUUCAACGACAUCUUCCACGCCAAUGUUCGAUCUAUUGGGUUUGGGGACCUCGCAAACGCUAGUCCAGAAGGUGAUCCGGGUCAUGGCACUGUUGUGCGUACUCACACCAUUCCGGGAUUCUCAGGAUGUUCUGGCGGGAUGAUUGGGUGUUUGGAGACUAUCCAUUGUCCGAUUUUCGAAGGUUCGGUAGUCUCAAAUUUAUCAGUGAGAAUCAUCGGCAUUUUCAAAGGCGAAGAAUUUUUCCAGAACACUUUCAGCGCAUUCACCCAGUGUGGCGUCGAUAGCAUAAUCAAUUGCUAA